AGGUGUUUAUGAACGCAUUGCUCGAGAACUAUCUGACGUUGGUUUCAGACGAACUGCUUAUCAGUGUCGAGAAAAAAUCAAAAGACUUCGAAAAGAGUAUCAGUUAUCAAAAUACUGCUUUGAACACAAUAUCGCUCCCAAGAAACCUAUGAAACAUUUUGAAUUAGUGGAUAAAAUUUUCAAUCAGGACUCUUCUGCCCAAAACAGCAAUGUUGACGUUAACUUAUUGAGCUCCGAUCAAGAAGAUGAAUUGCAUUUUUCAUUUAAUCAUGAUCAAGAAUCAGAUGCAUCGAACAGUUGCACUGGUAAUGAUUCUGUAAUACCACAAACUAUACUUCCUGGCCCUUCAUAUUCUCCAUUACUUGAGAGAGAAAAUUCACCUGUGAGUCUAAAAUUAAAGCCUCCACUUACUCCAUCUAGUGCACAUAAUGAUAGUAAUGAUACUCUCUUAAAUGGAGAGCAAAAUUAUGAUUGUUCUGACAAAGAUUCACCGAUAGAUGACAGUGAGUCACCAUGGGUUCCAAAUGUAGUUCUAGUAGAAAAUGACUUAGAAAGUGGAGAUUUAGAUAAUGCAUCUGAAAAUGAAAAAACACGUAAUUUAAAUGGAAAUGAGAGACUUGAAGAUUUUCAGAAUGCCGAUCAGACAGAAUCAUCUUUUAAAGAAGCAAGUGAACCUCCUCAAAAGAGACGUAAACAGGAAUCAACACAUAAGUGGUUAAAAACUAUAUUAGACAGUGUAACAGAUAAAUUUCUUAAGUAUCAAGAAAGUACCGAAUCACGGUUUUUGGAGCAGAUUACAUGUUUGGAACAAGAACGGAUGAAACGAGAUGAAAGUAUGCAUAAGCUUUGGAUGGAAUUUGAGGAGCGACGUAGAAAAGAAGAACAACAACAUGAGUUAAAAAUGAUUUCUUUACUUGGUCAGUUUGUUCAUCAGAUGAAUGAAAAUGGAAACCAUGAUUCAAAAUAACUGUUUAUCUACAUAUGAUUUAACAUUAUGGAUCAUUUGCAUUAAAUAUAGCCUUUAAAAAAAAUACUGUAAAUAAAUUAUAUUUUUCAAUGAAUUAUUAUAUAAAUUUAGUCUUCAAAAAAUUUAUAAAACUUGCUAUAAGUAGCCACCAAAUAUUUCUUAAUAAAAUCAAAUGAGAAAUAUCUGUAUACCAGUACACAUAUUUUGUACCUUAUUUAAAUCCAAAUAAUGUGCAUCUAAUAAAUUAAUAAUUAAUGCCAUUUUCUGAAAAUUUCUUUUUACAAAAUAUCUAAGGGGAUUUUAUUUUAGAGUGCUAUAGGGUGUCUAUAACUAAAGAACCCUAUUUCAAAACUGCCUACAAGUGAAACCACUGAUCAUAAAAUUGCAAAAUUUGUGGCAGACUUAAUAAAGGGAUGAGAAUGUCUUUCAGUGGUGAAAAAAAAAAUUAGUUACAAAUAUCAUCACCAGAGGCGUGUUUAAUUCAUUAUAUUAAUAAAUUAUACAUUUAGCCCCAACUUUACUAUAGUUUUACAAUUUUACAAUUUUUUUAAAAAGGAAACAUGUUCCAUGUGAUGGUAAUCAUUUUCAGCUACCAUCUGAUAUCACAAAAUGGCAUGACCCACAGUUGACACAAGUGUGCUGAGAAAUGUUCUGCAUGCGGUGUGACUUUAAGAUAGGUAAAGUUCUUGGACUGUCAUGGCUUACCAGAUGUUUCAAAUGUCCCUAAAGCAAAAAAUUGCAUGGAUUGAGGUUUGGGGAUCAAGCAGGCCACACAUAAUGAAAGUGCCGGCUGUUUAAGUAAAACAGUUUUACUAAAAAAAACGCAAUCUCGUAAACUUUUGUCAUUGUGAGCAAUAAGCGCAUUGAAAACAAAGUCUCCAUCAAUGUUCUAUGUUUUAUAUUAGCUGCUGUAUGACAUCAACAAAGAUUUAUUGUUUUACUACAGGUUUUCAAAGUAAAAUGCCCUAUGGUGAUGCUAUUUUUAACUGUUUUUUCUCUGAAAGACAUUCUCAUCCCUUCAUUAAGUCUGCCUCAAAUUUCACAAUUUUCUGAUCACUGGUUUCACUUGUUGGCAGCUUUGAAAUAAGGUUCUUUAAAUUAUAGACACCUAGUAUAUUUUUUGGUUUUAUUAAAAAGCAACUUAUUUAGGAAAAAAAAAAAAAAAAAUUUAUAUGAGACUAUAAACUGAAAGCAGUUAAAAAUAUAUUUUUUAAAUUGGAAAUACUCAUCAAAUUUGUCAAAUUAUAAUUAAUAAAAUGCUGUUAGUAGCCAUUCCAGUUUGCCAUAUUCAGUCUUAUGUUAAAAAAAUUGAUGGAUAAUGCUGUGUAUUUACUUUUUGUAUGUGAGCGUGAAAUUAAAAAAGUGUUCUAAUCUCCCAAUUUUUUGGAGAGGGCAGAGAUAGGUUAAAAAUUUCUGUCAUGGGUGUAAAAUACAUGUGCAACUAAUUUAAUUUUAAUGUAGAUUUCUUAUCUGUUUGUUGUGAAAAUCUGAAGAUGAUAUUUGCAAUUGCACUGGAACUCUUAAUUCUCCAGAUUCCAGAUAUCCAGAACUAGCGUUAUCCAAAUAACUUUUUUUUUUUUAAGUAAGAUUGAACUUGUUUAGUUUAUAUGUGUGUUUUUAAUUUUUUGCUGAUUUAAACAAGAGAAAAUAAAAAUUCGGUGUAGUAAAAAUAAAACAAGCUAAGUUAUGAAGUAGACUGAAAUUUGUAUGAAUGAAAAUUUAAUUCAUUAUUCUCUUUAGUUGAAAAAUAGGAAUUGGUUAUGUAUUUAGGCUUAUCAUGAAAUGAAAUCAGGCUAUAGUUUAAACUUUUAUUGUUUGAUUUUUGUCAAAAAAAGUAUUUUAUACUUUGUUUUAAUGCCCUGUAUGGCUGUAUGGCUUUUGUACAUUGAAACAUUGUCACAGUAUUAAGUUAUGGCAACUAAUCUACAACCUUUUUUAUCAGGUUUUUUUUAGCUGAAGUUCCUGUUUUUAUUUAUAGUUUGCAAAAUAAUAUUAUUAUAUUAUUUUAUAAGCAGUUACUUGAUAAAAUCUUGUAUUAUUGUCUUGUAAAUAAAUGAGAGUGUGUCUAAUUCAGAUUCUUAUGAGAAAUAUUCAGCAGGUUCUAACAUAUUAUAACAAAAGCCUUUUUGAGUAAUGUACUGUUAUUUAUUUAUUCAAGCCAUGUGAACAUCAGUGCAUGUGUUAUAUAUCUUAAUUACUUAUGAUACCAAAGAGUCACACUCCUCAAAAUAAUGUUCAGCAGCUUCCUUCAUUUUAUAAUAUUUUUAAGUAUUAGCUGUUACUUAUAGUAAUAAUAAAACUAUGUUAACUGGCAUAGAAAAAGGAAAAAAGAAUUGAAACAAAAUUAAAAUUUUGUCUGAUAAAAAUUUCUUAAAAAUGGUAAUUUAAUAAUCAUAGUGUGCUACAAUUACACACACUUUUAAAAACUUCAGCUGUGACAAAUAAAAUUGAAAAUAUAUUUAGAAUCUUUAUAAUUCUGGUUCUUCCCACUUAUAAGAGCAUACAAUUUUGCUAACUGUAGGAGCUUUAUGCAAUGGUAAAUAGGAAACCGAUUAAGUGCAAAAUAGUUUUGUCAUUCAAUCACUGUACUUCAUCAGUACUCACUGAUGUUCAAAAAGUUCUGUCUGCCCAGUUUUUUAGAUUGCUCUCAAUAGUAGGCCUCAAUUCAUGAUACUUAAUAAUCUAUACCAUAAUACUACUUGUUGCAUAUAAAUUAAUAUUACUUGAAAAAUUUUGUUUUUCUGGGUUCAUUCUUUCUACUCAAGACUGAAUAAAAAAAACAUACAAUCAACAUUUCACUUUAUGCUCUAAUGGAGAUUACACUGGCUUUGAUAUUCUAUUAAUUUUAUAUUUUUCACUAACAUAACAAAAAUUUUUAGUAAAUGCAUUAAAGUGAGAAAACAGAAGAAUAUUUUCUAUAGAAUGAAUGAAUUUUUGUCUUGACAUAUUAAGAAUUUGGAACAAGUUUAAUUAAAAUGCUUAACUUGAUUUUGUUUCAUGCCAUCUUCUCACAUGUCCUUAAACAGAAGAGAAACAUUUCUGUUUUUACUAAUUUAUUAAAAUAAAAAAUAGUGUGAUCA